GUUCGCCGUGAUAGCUCGUGUGUACACUGUGUCGUCUCCUCGCGUAGUGUUUAUACUAUAGUGUUGUGACUUGUGAUCAAAUAAAUAAACAAUACGUUAGUGAUCUGUGUCUGUGACAGUGCGAGAAAGAUCAUUAAACUGAUCGUGGUGAACACGAGUGAUUACAGCGGCUACCCACGUAACUCCACGACAGGCGCCGAGCUCAGCUCGGGCCAUGUUGUCGGGCGCGUUGCGACGCGCGGCGUGAUGCGGCGCGCGUCAGGGGUCGCGUGGCCGGCGGUGGCGCUCGCGCUGCUGCUGGCCCCCGCGGCGGCGGUCGAGGAGCUCGCGCCCGGAAUAUGUCCGUCGAUCGACAUCCGGAACAAGCCGGAGGAGAUGCUGAAGCUGAGCGACUGCCGCGUCAUCGAGGGCCACCUCAGCAUAGUGCUGAUGGAGCGUGGCACGCCCGCCUCCUUCGAGAACAUGACCUUCCCGCACCUCAGGGAGGUCACCGGCUACAUACUGAUAUACAGAUUGAACGGUGUGAAGAACCUGGGCGACCUGUUCCCCAACCUGUCCGUGAUCCGGGGCCUGCAGCUGUUCAAGGACUACGCCCUCGUCAUAUUCGACAGCGAAGGACUCGAAUCACUUGGACUGCGUUCGCUUUCGAGGAUCGAAAGGGGUGCCGUCAGGAUUCAAAACAACGACCACUUAUGUUACGCCAACACAAUAGACUGGUCGCGUAUCAUAGCUGACGGAGCAGAAAAUAGUAUUAUAAGCGCGAACUACGACACCCGGCUUUGCGGUCUGUGUCCGCACGCACAGAGCCGCAUGGAGGACCACAGCCCUUUACCAGCGGGCGUGGAGAGGUGCCCUGCUGACUCCACCGGCAGACUGCUAUGCUGGGACGACAAACACUGUCAGAAGAGGGACUGUCCAACCGCGUGUGGCGGGCGCGCGUGCAUGAACGACGGGACGUGCUGCCACGCCCUCUGUCUCGGCGGCUGCGACGGCCCGCUGCCCACCGACUGCCACGUCUGCGCCAACUUCUCCUUCCAGUACAAAAAGGACCGGACCUGCCUCGCCAAGUGUCCCCCUAACACGUAUGAGCUGUUCCGGCGGUGCGUGACGGAGGUGGAAUGCCGCACCAUGCCCAGGCCGCAGACAUCGGCCACGGAUUCCGUGCAGCGAGCCCCUAACAUCGACGCCUACAAGAUCUUAAGGAACGAGAGCUGCGUCUACAUGUGUCCUAGCGGGUAUAUGGAGGUGGGCGAAAAGGAAAACUCUCGGUGCCAGGAGUGUCCGGAGAACGGAUGCGUGCACGAGUGCUCCGGCGGCAAGAUCGACUCCAUCGCCUCCGCCGAGUUGUUCCGAGGAUGCACCCACAUCAAGGGCACUCUCGAGAUUACGCUGCGAGCUAUCGGAGGCAACACCAUGGCAGUACUAGAGUCGGCGCUGGGCGAGAUCCGGGAGAUAGACGGCAGCCUGAAGGUGAUCCGGUCGUACCCGCUCGUGUCGCUCAUGUUCCUCCGCAGCCUGCGCACCAUCCGCGGCAUCAGGGACCAGUCCAAAGAGUCUACUAAGGACAAGGGCCAAAGCCUGUACAUCUUCAGCAAUCCCAACCUCGAGAUGCUAUGGAACUGGUCUGCCCACGGGCCCAUAGAGAUCCUGAAGGGCAGGGUCUUCAUACACUUCAACCCCAAGCUGUGCUACAACCAGUAUAUCCUGCCGCUAAAGAACAUGACGAGAGACCCCGCGUCCACAUUCAGCGAGACCGAGGUCUCCCAAGAGAACAACGGAGACCAGGCAUCUUGUUUCAAGGACACCCUGCACCUGAAGGUGUCGAGGCUGACGCGGUCGGCGGUGGUUCUGACGUGGAACAUGUACUGUAUGGAGGACCAGCGGAAACUGCUGGGCUACUCCAUCUACUACAUAGUCGCUGAGCACAACGUCACGCUGUACGGACAGAGGGACGCUUGCUCUGAUACAUGGAACGUGAUCGACAUAACAUCAGUGGAGGCUCGCAACACCUCAGAGACUCGCAACAGUACUCGCGGGCUACUCAACCCGUGCGACGUCCAACCGCUCUUCAAGCUCAUCUCGCCGCUUACACCAUACACCCGCUAUGCAGCUUACAUCAAGACAUAUACCACUACGGAUAAGAAAGGCGCGCAGAGCCCUAUUAUAUACUUCAAGACGUUGCCUGGAGCUCCCAGCCCGCCUUUGGGACUAUCAGUGGAAUCGUUGAAGGAACACUCGGUGACGAUAAGGUGGCAGCCACCGUCUAUGCCUAACGGUACCAUCUCGUUCUACCACGUGGAGAUCCAGGAGAACAGCUACAAUCAGCGCAAGAUACUCGCCGGAAAUGUCAACUACUGCGCCAAUCCUAGCAUAGUGAGCAACAUGAUCGCGAUGCGGUGGGAGGAGGCAACGGAGCGUGCGGAAGAGCGAGCGAGUGCGGGCACGGCGGGUGGGGCUGCGGGUGCAACCGGCAGCGUUGCGGGUGCAACUGGAAGUGUUGCGGGUGCAACUAGCAGUAUUACGGGCACGAGUGCGGGCGCGGCGGGCGCGUACGGGCCCAAUGCGGGCGCGGACUGCGUGUGCGCCGCCGAAGCACGCAAGCCGACGCGCUUCGACUCCAUUGCUGAGGAGGAGCGUAUAGACAGCAUUACGUUCGAAAACGACGUGCAGAACCAUGUAUACAUCAGACAGUCAAGCCCGAGGACCACCCCGUCGUCGAGUCGCGUGCGUCGCUCCAUAGACAGCAGCGUGAAGAGCAUGCUCGUGUUCAUCAGCGAGUACCACAGCCCCAACAUGAGCCGGAAAUACGCUAAUGCUACGGAAGGCAAAUACGUGCGCUCUCUCUACUACGAUCUGCCGGGCAGCAGCCGGUCGCUCCGCGCGGAGCAGCUGCGCCACUUCACGUGGUACAGCGUGUACGUGUGGGCGUGUCGCGAGCAGCACGCCAACGAGACCGACGAGGACUACAACAAGAACUGGUGUUCGGAGCGCGCACAGUACACCUUUCGCACGCUCGAGCGACAGGACGCGGACGUGGUGCGCAACUUGCGCGCGGAGGUGGUGCCGUCUAACAAGACGUCGCCCGAGGUGAACGUCACGUGGCAGCCGCCGGUCGACCCCAACGGCUUCAUAGUAGCCUACAACGUGCAUCACUCCCGCGUCGAGGAUAGUACUGAACAGGAGGUGGGCCUAGCCAGCUGUAUCCCGGCGGAGGACUACGAGGCUCAGGGCCGUGCGAUGCUGGUCCGCAAUCUCGCGCCCGGCAACUACUCGCUGCGCGUCACGCCGCUCUCCGCGCGCGGCCUCGGCAACGUAUCCGCUGAUAUAUACGUCUUUAUACCGGAGCGCGAGGCGUCCACCAACUAUCUAGUCGUAUGGGGCGCGGUGGGGGCGCUCGGGGCGUUAGCGGCGCUGGCAGCGGCGGGCGCGUUAUACUGCCGGCGCGUGUCGCCCGCGGACGGCAACAAGCUGUUCGCGCGCGUCAACCCCGAGUACGUCUCGACUGUGUACGUGCCCGACGAGUGGGAGGUGUCGCGGGCUAACAUACAGUUCGUGCGGGAACUGGGACAGGGAUCGUUCGGGAUGGUAUACGAGGGUAUAGCUACCCUCGAGAAAGGCAAGCCGGGUGUACCGUGCGCCGUGAAGACUGUCAACGAGCACGCCACAGACAGGGAGCGCAUAGAGUUCCUGAACGAGGCGUCAGUGAUGAAGUCGUUCGACACGUUCCACGUGGUGAAACUUAUGGGCGUGGUGUCCCGGGGCCAGCCCACGCUAGUGGUGAUGGAACUGAUGGAGCUGGGCGACCUGAAGAGCUACCUGCGCUCACACCGCCCCGACGCCGACUCCUCGCUGCCGAGGAAGGGGCCGUCCACGCCGCCCACGCUGCAGAAUAUACUGCAGAUGGCGAUAGAAAUAGCCGACGGUAUGGCGUACUUGUCGGCGAAGAAAUAUGUGCACCGCGACCUCGCGGCGCGCAACUGUAUGGUAGCCGGGGACCUCACCGUCAAAGUGGGGGACUUCGGCAUGACCAGAGAUAUCUAUGAGACUGAUUAUUAUAGAAAGGGUACAAAAGGCCUCCUACCCGUAAGAUGGAUGAGCCCCGAGAGCCUUAAAGAUGGGGUAUUCUCGAGUAGCAGCGACGUGUGGAGCUACGGCGUGGUGCUGUGGGAGAUGGCCACGCUCGCCAUGCAGCCCUACCAGGGCCUGUCCAAUGAGCAGGUGGUACGGUACGUGGUGGAGGGUGGCGUGAUGGAGCGGCCGGAGCACUGCCCGGACCGCCUUUACGAGCUGAUGCGGGCGUGCUGGGCCCACCGCUCGCCCGCGCGGCCCAGCUUCCUGCAGCUAGUGGCGGACCUCGCGCCGGCAGCCAUGCCGUACUUCCGACACAGAUCCUUCUUCCACACGCCCCAGGGACAGGAGAUGUACGCGCUACAGAGGACGGCCCAAGAGGACGAGGCGGAGUCUGCGGAGGAGGUGAACGUGGGCGCGGUGGGCAGCGGGUCGGGCUCCAACCUGUUCGGCGUGUCCGGCCGCCUGGCCUCGUGGGUGCGCGAACUGUCCUCGCUCCGCGCUCGAGACCCCGCCGCCGCCGAGCCGCUCCAGCCGCUGCGGCCGAAACGGACGCCCCCCAACGGCCUGCUGCCGCCCUGCUAGCCCCCGCCGCCCCCGCGCGCCCGGAUCGGACGCCGGAGCGGACCGGAAACGAACGUGUGACUAGCGGGGUGAAGCGCGUUUGGGUCCCCGCUGCCGAUCCGCACGAGGAUGCCGGAGCGGCACGGAAACGUACGUGACCAGCCGCCGCCGGCCCUAUAGGGCGAAGCCGCUCGAGGCGCCGAUGCCCAGAGAGCGUAUAGUCUCGAGCGGGAGGGCGCCGUAAUAUCGCGCUAUCCCAAAGCUCGCCUCGAGCCGGCACCACUAGCGGGGGUGAAAGGGGUCCCCGCGCCCCGCGCCAUCUACCUCAGGCCGAGCGCACCCGCGCCCGGCUCUUCGAAUCUUAGUUUUAAGCGUAGAUAGUUAAUUAUUCGACGUGUUAUUUUAUUUAUUUUUAUAUUUGCGUCCGCGUCGCCGACCGCAGACGACUUUAUGCGAAUCUGACGAUAGCUAAAUUGUGGAAGUGAAUCUAGCAUCAAUAAUAUUUUUUAACGUAGAUGAGCAGGCGGGAAAGACUGUCGAACUGAGAUAAAUUAUUAUGGUUCGUCACAGUCGUCGCUACAUUAGUAACAAGAAACUAGUAUGUCCCACUAAUCUUAGGAGAUAUUUAAAAUUUUGUAUCACAAAAUACAUUUAUGAAAUACUUUGAAGUCGCCUGCAGUCGGCGGCGGCGAGACGGGAGCCGAUAGUACGCGGUGCGAGCCGACCGUCGGCGCCGCACUUCGCCGCCCGCCUCAUAUCAGGGCGUGUACUCGCCGAGCCCCGGGUCGGCGACCGAUCCUAUAUAGUUUACCUCAGUAGCAUAGUCGUAUCGAUGUCAUUUAUGACGCAGCCUACUACCGUUAAGUUACGUGUAAGAUGUAAAUGUGUAUAGUUAGUGACGUAAGUAAUAUCGUGUACAAAGUAUGUUAAUCGUUGCUGUUAGUCGGUUGGACCGCCGGCCGGCCGGCGCCAUUGUUGUUGUUGCGAGCGCGGCCGGCCGAUUAUAAUACUCAUCGUUCGAGAACCGUGUCAUUUGAUUUAAAAUAGAGAGGAAAUAAUUUCAUCGCUCGGAUUUAACCACCAAAGACUUGAAAGUUAGCGAUCGAUUUGGUUACUUUCGCGCCUGGGUACGUUACGUCCGUACCGAGUAUAUUCCUUUAUGUUGUAACGAAACUGAAAUCGAUGUGUUCCGUAUCAAUUAUACAAUAGAUAAUCUGCCAUUGUUACAUAGUUGUAUUGUAUGUAUAUUGUAUAUCGACUGUGAAGGAUGCGAUUCCUCUCCGGGCCCCGGUAGGUGUCCGCAGUCCGCACCGCGCGCGUGCAGAUAAUUUAUUUGUAACUUUUUUAUAUUGUAUACAUAUGAUAUUAAAUUUCAUAUACCUAACGAUACUUUUCUCGUUGUAUGUCUAAUAUUAUAUCUAGGUGUUCCAUCUAUCGUACGCAUACAAAUUAUCAAAUUUACAUAGCUUAAGUGUAACUUUAAAUAUAUUAAUACAAUGUUGAGCAAUCGUUUUGGAACACCUUAUUUUUUAUUUGAAGCUAUUGAGUGUCAACUUAUAGAUUUUUUUACGAACGUUCUCGAUGUCAACAGUUGCGUAAAUACAAAGGAAUUCACGCACAAAAUUCAGUUAACACUUGCGUUAAAAUCGACACAAAAUAGUGAGUACAUGACAUAAAAUAGCCAAAGUGAACUCCGAUACGCUACAAUCCCGUGCGUCGCGUUAACAAAUAUUUUGGUUUUAAGGGUAUUAACGAGUGCCUUCAGAAAUCCAGCCUUCAGGAUUGUCGGUCGAGAGAAGGACAUUACACGAGUGCACAAAUUCGCGACAAACCCGUUUCGUUUCGUGAAGGUUCCGAAUUCGUUUACGUCGGAGGCGAUGCAGCUUCGGUCCGACAGAGAGUGGCGAGCCGAGCUCGACUUAACGUAUAGUCUGUCAAGAAAGAGUAGAUGCUGAAAUUUUUCCAAACAUA